AUGGACCGAGCUGCUGUGGGGUCGCCCCGCAGGACUCCCUCAGCCCCAGUAUGCAACAUCUCUACCUCCACCUUGGCCUUCGACCAGCACUUCACCACAACUGCCACAGGAAAACUCCACCUGGCUGAGAUAGUGUUUGGUAUGUUGGUGUGGAUUCUGGUGGGGGGUACAGAGUAUUUUCAUCUGUCUGCUCUCUGCUGGGUGAUGUUUGUUGCCGUUUUGUGCUGGGUUCUGACCAUUUGCCUGUUUAUAAUGUACCUCACUGGAGCCCACAACAGGAUACCACAGGUCCCCUGGACUACACUGGCGCUGUGCUUGAACUGCAGUGCUACAGCUCUGUAGGCCUAUCUGGUGACAGCCUUAGUAGAUUCUCUCUCAGUCAACCAGGCUGUCAGGGGGAGACACAACUAUAACUGCUGGGCAGCAUCUGCAUUAUUUGCAUUUCUGACCACACUGUGCAAUGCAGGAAGCAGUUACCUGAGCUGCUGUGCCUGGAAAACCGCAGAAAAAGGACAGUAGUUUGUUACUUGCUGACGAUGAGAAGAUCUUCUCUGAGUAAUGUUUCUACCUUCACAGCAGGUCAAGGCUGCAGUCAAAUUAACAUCAUAUGGUCAGCAGAACGUCAUAAAGUCAGAUGUCAGAUGUCACAUGUUUUAUGUGAAGUGCAGCGAUACACAAACAAAUAAAAAUAAUAUGUCCACAAUCCUGCACACAGUAGUUUUCAGUAAUUUUAUGUUAAUGCUUACAA